AUGCGCCUGUAUCGGCAGUAUGCGGUUGUUCUCUCUUUGGCAUGCCUGGCACUCGUGCCCGUGGUCGCAUCUGCAUCGGAGACUGUUCCUGAAUGCGCUCUCAAUUGCGAACAACAACUCACUAAUACAACGUCCUGCUCGAACACCGACACGGCAUGUCUCUGCGACGAUGCACAAUAUCAAACCGAUCUGUCCAAUUGCGCUAUGACCAAUUGUUCCAUGAAAGAAGCAUUAACGGCAAAAUACAUCAUUUCCCGGCAAUGUGAUCUCCCAAUUCCUCAGCGAUACCCCAAGGCAGACCCUGCGACAAUUAUUCCGUUCGUUAUCGCGACCAUUCUGUUUGUGAUUCGGAUGGUCGCUAAGUUCUUGCGACUUGGUGGUGGAUGGGGGCCGGAUGAUUAUACUAUUAUUACUGCAUAUGCAUUGGCUAUUAUUGCGUUCAUUUUGAAUAUAUCAAUGGUCCAUUACGGCUUCGGAAUGAACAUAUGGGACAUAGUCCCCCAGGAAAACAUCACCAUAGCAUACAAGGUCCGCCCCUCUAGCCUCUCCCACAGCCCAUCUUCUAACCCAAUCCAACAUGAACAGUACUUUUUCGCCUUCGUCCUUGUCUACAAAGCCCUAAUCUCCCUCGCCAAAAUCUCCGUCUGCCUCUUCCUCCUUCGCAUCUUCCAAUCCCCCGCCUUCCGUUACACGACCUACACCAUGAUAGCCAUCAACACCGCUGUCGCGAUCACCUGGAUUUUGACAGACAGCUUCCACUGUAUACCUGUGCAUCUUGCGUGGACAGGGUGGGCGAUGGAGGAACAAGGGACGUGUAUCAAUUUUAUUGCGUCGACGUUUGCGAACGGGUUUGUGAAUAUUGUGGUGGAUACGGUCAUGGUGAUUAUGCCGGUUUAUGAGGUGUCGAGGUUGAAUUUGUCGGUACAGAAGAAGGCUGGGGUUGCUGUUAUGUUGGGGAUGGGGUUGGUAUUGACGGCUAUUGGAAUCGUCCGAGUGGUCAUUUUCUCCCGAAACACCUCCAACACAAACCCAACCUUCGAAAUGGAACCCCUAAACCACUGGUCCGUAAUUGAAUGCCAAAUCGCCAUUAUUUGCGCCUGCCUUCCCACAAGCCGCGCGCUCUUCGUCCGCAUCCUCCCCGGCGCAAACACAACCCACGACUCCUCAACUGCCCGCCCAUACCUGACCGCAACAGGAGCUUCGAGCAAAACAGCUGCUCUUUCCGCUUUUGCCGGGGCGGGGUCGAGUACGGGGGAGAAGGAGAAGGGUCGGAUUUCGAAGACGGUGUCGUAUUCGGUUGAUGUUGGGGCGAAGGCUAAGGCGUUGAAGAGGGAGUCGGAUGGGUUUAUUGAGUUGAAAAAUUUUGAGGUUGGGGGGGAGAGGGGUUGAGGUUCGGGGUGAGUGAGGUGGAGUUGGGCUUGUGGCCCGUUUACUACGAAUCAUGAUCAUGACCGCGACCACGGUCCGCUUUGUUUGCUACAGAAUGGCAAACAAAUAAUUUCCCGAAUGGGAAGCACAUUGGUGCCUGUGUCACUGGGAAUCCCAGGACAAAGCCCAGCCGCG